AAUCAUUUGAUGACAAAAAAUGUAAGGUGGGAGGGAAGGAAGAAGGCCGACUUGUACACACUCACACUUGACUUCGGUAGAGGCAGUUUCCUGGUUUAACUGAGGAGAACAGAGGCUUGGGAUCCAAGAUGACAGACUCCAAAUAUUUCACCACUACCAAGAAAGGGGAGAUAUUUGAACUGAAGGCAGAGCUGAACAGUGAUAAGAAAGAGAAGAAGAAGGAGGCAGUAAAGAAGGUCAUUGCCUCUAUGACAGUGGGAAAAGAUGUCAGUGCCCUGUUUCCUGAUGUUGUAAACUGCAUGCAGACGGAUAAUUUGGAACUGAAGAAACUGGUCUAUCUGUACUUAAUGAAUUAUGCCAAGAGCCAGCCAGACAUGGCCAUUAUGGCAGUCAACACCUUUGUUAAGGACUGUGAGGAUCCAAACCCUCUGAUCCGUGCCCUGGCUGUGCGCACCAUGGGCUGCAUCCGAGUGGACAAGAUCACUGAGUAUCUGUGUGAACCUCUGAGGAAGUGUUUGAAAGAUGAAGACCCCUAUGUGAGGAAGACAGCUGCCGUUUGUGUAGCCAAGCUCCAUGAUAUCAAUGCCCAGCUGGUAGAAGACCAGGGCUUUUUGGACACCUUAAAAGACCUGAUCUCUGACUCUAACCCCAUGGUGGUAGCAAAUGCAGUGGCAGCUCUGUCUGAGAUAGCGGAGUCUCAUCCUAACAGCAACCUUCUGGACCUGAACCCUCAAACCAUUAACAAGCUCCUGACAGCCCUUAAUGAAUGCACAGAGUGGGGCCAGAUCUUCAUCCUCGACUGCCUGGCCAACUACACGCCCCGUGAUGACCGCGAAUCACAGAGUAUCUGCGAGCGUGUAACUCCAAGGCUGUCUCACGCCAACUCUGCUGUGGUUCUGUCUGCCGUGAAGGUUCUGAUGAAGUUUAUGGAGAUGCUACCUAAAGAUCUGGACUAUUACGGCACUCUGCUAAAGAAACUGGCUCCUCCCCUUGUCACACUGCUCUCAGCGGAGCCUGAACUGCAGUACGUCGCCCUCAGGAACAUUAACCUCAUCGUACAGAAACGCGCUGAAAUCCUGAAGCAUGAGAUGAAAGUUUUCUUUGUGAAAUAUAAUGACCCGAUUUAUGUCAAACUGGAGAAGCUGGACAUAAUGAUUCGUCUGGCAUCUCAGGCCAACAUUGCUCAGGUGCUGGCUGAGCUGAAGGAAUAUGCCACUGAGGUGGACGUAGAUUUUGUGCGUAAAGCUGUACGAGCCAUCGGCCGCUGUGCAAUAAAGGUUGAGCAAUCAGCAGAACGUUGUGUCAGCACGCUGCUUGACCUUAUUCAGACCAAGGUCAAUUAUGUGGUGCAGGAAGCAAUUGUGGUCAUCAAGGACAUCUUCCGCAAGUACCCCAAUAAGUAUGAGAGUGUGAUUGCCACCCUGUGUGAGAACCUUGACUCUCUGGAUGAGCCCGAGGCACGGGCAGCCAUGAUCUGGAUUGUGGGAGAGUACGCUGAGAGGAUUGACAAUGCUGAUGAGCUGCUGGAGAGCUUCCUGGAAGGCUUCCAUGAUGAGAGCACACAGGUACAGCUCCAGCUGCUUACAGCCAUAGUGAAGCUGUUCCUGAAGAAGCCCACUGAGACCCAGGAACUGGUGCAACAAGUGCUCAGUCUCGCCACACAGGAUUCUGAUAACCCUGACCUGCGUGAUCGCGGCUACAUCUACUGGCGUCUGCUCUCCACUGACCCUGUGGCAGCUAAAGAGGUAGUGCUGGCCGAAAAGCCGCUGAUCUCUGAGGAGACGGACCUGAUUGAGCCCACACUUCUGGAGGAGCUCAUAUGCCACAUCGGUACUCUGGCCUCUGUCUAUCACAAACCCCCCAGUGCCUUUGUGGAAGGCAGCCGUGGUGUUCAGCACAAGAGACUCACUGCACGUGCUGGCUCUGGUGAGAGUGCCGAAAGCCCUGAUGUUGUCCAGUCUGGACCUUCUGAAGCUCCACCUGCUGUCAUUCCAUCACAGGGUGAUCUUCUAGGUGACCUGUUGAACCUGGACCUGGCCCCACCCACUGCCACUGUCCCUUCAGUUCAGCCGUCUAUGCAGAUGGGAGCCAUGGACCUAUUGGGAGGAGGUCUGGAUAGUCUGAUGGGCGACGCAUCAGAUACGCUGGGAGACAUCAGUGGAAGUCCUUCGAUGAGUUCCAGUCUGGGGACGGCCCCAGUAGCCAUGCCUGCUGCUCUCGUAGGCGCUCCUGCUGUUGGAGGUGGAUUGGGAGACCUCUUUGACCUUGGUGGGGGUGUUUGCAUGCCAACAGGAUCCUACGUUGCACCUAAAAUUAUGUGGUUACCAGCCAUGAAGGCUAAAGGGCUGGAGAUUUCUGGGACGUUUGCCCGACGUGGUGGGGUCAUACAGAUGGAUCUGUCUCUCACCAACAAAGCUAUGAGCGUUAUGACUGACUUUGCCAUUCAGUUCAACAGGAACAGUUUUGGUCUAUCCCCUGCUGGUCCUCUGCAGGUUCUCACUCCUCUCAGCCCCAAUCAGACUAUUGAUGUCAGCCUGCCUCUCAGCACAAGCGGCCCCGUCAUGAAAAUGGAACCUCUUACCAAUCUUCAGGUAGCUGUGAAGAAUAACAUUGAUGUGUUCUACUUCAGUUGCCAGUAUCCCAUCAGUCUGCUCUUUGUAGAGGAUGGAAAGAUGGACCGUCAGAUUUUCCUGGCCACGUGGAAAGACAUUCCAAACGAGAAUGAAACACAGUUCCAAAUCAAAGACAUCCACCUCAACUCAGACACGGCAAGUAACAAGCUGCAGGGCAGUAAUAUCUUCACCAUCGCCAAGAGAACAGUGGAUGGACAGGACAUGCUGUACCAGUCUAUCAAACUCACCAACGGCAUAUGGGUGCUGGCUGAAAUGCGUAUGCAGACUGGGAACCCCAACUACUCACUGUCCAUAAAGUGCAGAGCGUCAGAGGUCUUGCAGUUUGUGUACCAAUCCUAUGAGUUGGUGCUGAAGAACUGAAACUGAAAACCAAGAUGAGACCGCAACUACAGGGCAUUGUUUGGGUGACUGAAACCGAAUGAGUGGCACCUAAAUUUGAUUGGAUCAGCCAGAAAAAUAACCCCUGCUGUCUUGCAUUUCCCUCAGACUGUGCUUUCAGCAUUGACUGAAUCCUUAAAAAUCAUUCUUAAUUAUUUUGACCAUUCCCAACACCUCUCUUUAUCCCUCCUGUUUCCAUCCUCCAGUUAGCUCAAGUUCUAAAUAAAUUACUGUCUCUCUCCAAAAAUAUGACAUCCUUCAAAAUGUAAAGAUAUCAUUUUUAUUCCAAAUAUUUACAGGUGACGUUAUCAGCUAAAUCCAUUGCCUGCAUUACUUUAUUCCUUCCCUGUGUCAUGUUUACUUUAGUUGGUGUGGCUCUUGAGAGAAACCUUUCUCAACUAAUGAAUCCUUCAUAAUCAGAGCAUGGGUCUCUUGGUUUCAGCAUAAAGUUGUGUAAGCACACAAACAGUUGUCAGUGCUUUAAGUUAAAAUCUUGGUUUAUUUAUUUUCUUUGUAGUUAUGUGCAAACAAGCUCACCCCUCUUUCUUUUCUUGGUAAUUUGGGUCUCCAUAUCUUUUAAGUGAAUUCUGUAUUUAUCCAGCCAGAAGCACUACACAGUUGCUGAGUAAACUCCCUUUUCUCUUUUUAAAAAUAUCUCUGUUUGUUGAAUAUUAAGAUUGCGGUAAUUUUGUGUUAUUAAGCUAGGGGUUUAUUUGCUGCUGUCUUUGUGUGUGCUAUAUAUCAGUUUUUUGUGUGCAUUUGUUUUUGAUAGUGGAGAUGCAACAAUCUGCAUGUUCUGUUCCCUCUUCUGGUGGCAAUCCUCCAUUUACCAUUUGAGUUUGUCUUUGUGCAUGUUUUGUGCAGGUGCAGAUGGAAGGGAGGCUGUCUAUUCUUGUGUGCUUUUCUUACAAGUAAAACAAACUUUUGCACCAAUACAUUAUAUACCAAUGAGUCUCCUCAAAUCACCCUGAUGAAAAGCACUGAUUUAUUUUGGUAUGGAUAUCAUUCACAGAUCACACUGAAAAGAUGCAUAUAAAGACUACAAAAGAACGUUACUGAACAUAUUACUUCUGUUUUUCUUUGUGACCAAGAGGAGUGAUUUAAAAGUCCAUGUAAUGUUUUUGUAUUGGCAAGCUAAGCAAGAACUUAAUAUAAGAUUAACUUUUUUUUUUUUGGUGAAUUGUCCGAUUCAAUUUAAAAGAAGCCAGAAAAAAAACACUGCUGAUCUGAUACACGAUAUAGUGCUCUGUGUGUUUGUGUUCACACUUAGAAGUUUCCAAAUAAUGUUGAUUUACUGAUUUUUCUUUUAAACAUGGUUUGUUUAUUGAUCAUUUAUGUGUGUGUAUUGUAUUCUGUGGAUUUAAUCUUAGUGAUGACUACAAGGAAAUGGAGAAAUCUGAUUUACUUUGUUGUAUUCUAUCAUGAAUACAUCAUCUGAUAUGGAAAUUAAAAAAGUAUAUUGUC